CUGUGCACCUAAACUCGGGAUUGUGGUUCGACUCCUGCCUGCUGCCAGUAUGAGCUGUGGCACCAAAUCCUCCUCCAGCACCACCAGGAUCAGCAGCGGCGGUGGCGGAUACGGCAGUGGUGGCGGCGGUGGAGGGGGCAGCGGCUGCGGCAUCCGCAAGUCUGGCGGAUACUCCUCGGUGUCCACCAGAAAAUACACCUCCUCUGGAGGGAGCGGAGGCUUUUCUGGGAGAAGCUUUGGUGGAGGAGGCUCCAAGAGCAGCUAUGGAGGGGGGUUCAGCAGCGGCAGCUGCGGAAGGAUUGGCCGCAGCAGCUAUAGUGGGAGAGUGAGCGGCGGCAGCUACGGAGGAGGAAUAGGAGGAGGAUAUGGAUCGUGUGGAGGUGGCUUUGGGGGCAUGGGAGGGGGUUAUGGAGGAGGCAGCUUUGGUGGUGGCUCUGGUGGAUACAGCGGAGGUGGAUUCAGUGGCUUUGGGGGCAGCGGUGGCUUCGGUGGGGGCAGCUAUGGUGGAGGCGGUUUUGGCGGAGCGGGGUUUGGUGAAGAUUCUGGACUGCUCUCCACAAAUGAAAAGCUGACCAUGCAGAACCUUAAUGACCGCCUGGCCUCCUACAUGGAUAAAGUACGAGGCUUGGAGGAAGAAAACGCUCACCUGGAACGUCUGAUCAGGGAGUGGUACCAAAAGCAGGGUCCCACGGGUUCCAAGGACUACAGCCAAUAUUACCGAACAAUUGAAGAACUGCAGAACCAGAUUGUUGGUGCAAACGUGGACCUGAACAGGAUGCUUCUUGACAUUGACAACACCAGGAUGACUGUGGAUGACUUCAGACUGAAGUAUGAGACUGAGUACACUCUCCACCAGAGCGUGGCAAGUGAUAUUAAUGGAUUACGUCCACUUUUGGAUCAACUGACUCUAUCCAGAUCGGACUUGGAGACCCAGUUUGAAUCCCUGAAAGAGGAACUGAUCUACCUUAAGAAGAACCAUGAAGAGGAAAUGAAAGGACUGCAAACACAAUCUGGUGGUGAUGUCAAUGUUGAGGUCAAUGCUACUCCUGGCACUAACUUGAUGGAAAAAUUAAAUGAAAUGCGUUCCGAAUAUGAGCGGCUUAUUGAGAACAACCGAAGAGAGGUGGAAAGCUGGUAUGAAACCAAGAUGGAAGAAGUUAAUCAACAAGUCCAUUCAAGCGGCCAGGAGAUACAGUCCAGCAACCAACAGAUCUCUGAGCUGAGACGCGAAUACCAAAGCCUGGAAAUUGAGCUGCAGUCGCAACUCAGCAUGGUAGACUCUUUGCAGUCCAACCUGGAGGACACAGAACGCCGCUACAACAUGCAGCUGCAGCAGAUCCAGGGCAUGAUUGGCCCCUUGGAGGAGGAGCUGGGCAGCAUCCGCUGCGAGAUGGAGAGCCAGAACGAGGAGUACAAGAUGCUGCUGGGCAUCAAGACCCGCCUGGAGCAGGAGAUUGCUCAGUACCGGGCACUGCUUGAGGAAGGACAGCAAGACCUUGUAAUCCCAGCAGGAGGAAUAGGAGGAGGAAUGGGAGGAGGAGGAAUGGGAGGCGGCAGAAUAGGUGGUGGUGGUUUCUCUGGAGGAGGAAGAGGAGGAAGUGGCAGCAUGGGUGGUGGAAUGGGAGGAGGAAUAGGAGGAGGAAGCGGAGGAAUAGGAGGGGGAAGCGGAGGAAGCUGCAUCAUUGGAGGAGGAGGAAGCGGAGGAGGAGGAAGGACCUCAGGAGGCAUCAGCAGUUCCCACUCCUACUCUUCAUCUUCGCAGUCUCAGUCAUGCAGGGGCGGUGGUGAAAGCCAAGGUUACGGAAGAAAAUCCUUUGACUAAGAACUGAGGAUUCUACUGUGCAAGACCUGUCAAAGAGAAAUCGGCCCAGCACCCCAGUAUUCCUCAGGCUCCUGAGAAAGGAGAUGCUCCUACCAGCUCCUUGCUGCUGCUGCUCUGCCCAAAGGGUCCGUCAGAGCCGCUCUGACAGGCCAGCUGCUGUGCGUGCCAUGCGCUGCCUCUGCAUAGAAUGCUUGGUGGGCUCAAUCACUUGAACUUGAACUGCUUGCUUUAAAGAUUCAACCAGUUUGUUAUUUGGUUGUUCUGUACGAGAAAAGCGUCUCUAAUAAAACUUCAUUUCUGUCUGAUGCAA